AUGACCGUCAAUCUACGAGCUAUUGAGGAAUACUUGUGUCAGUUAGCGACUGAAAAAGUCGGGCCCAUUAUCAAGUCAAAAUCGGGUACUCAAAGUAACUAUGAACUAAAGACAGGAACUAGAGCUGUUGAUAUCGUUACCGAGAUCGACAAGCAGCUCGAGAAACUGAUCUGGGACUCAUUGGUAGAGAAGUACCCGACUUUCAAAUUCAUUGGCGAGGAGAGCUACAUCAAAGGUGUGACCAAAGUAACGGACAGUCCAACUUUUAUUGUGGACCCCAUCGAUGGAACGACAAAUUUUGUUCAUGAUUUCCCCUUCAGUUGUACCUCCAUAGGGUUGACCAUUGAGAAGGAACCCGUAGUUGGUGUGAUAUACAACCCGCAUUUGGAUUUGCUGGUCUCCGCUUCAAAGGGCAAUGGUGUUAGGGUUAAUGGAAAGCCAUUUGAUUACAAGUCGAAUAUUGCAGGUAUGUCGCCUCUUGUUUUAGAUAAAUCUGUGGUAGCGUUGCAGCCAGGUUCUGCUCGGGAGGGCCCCAAUUUCAAGAUCAAAUUAAAAACGUACGAGAAUCUGCUUUCCGCUGAUGGUGGGUUUGUCCAUGGAUUCCGGAAUCUCGGGUCCUCUGCGAUGACACUUGCCUACAUUGCAAUUGGAUACUUGGACUGUUACUGGGACGGUGGUUGCUACGGUUGGGACGUGUGUGCCGGUUGGUGCAUCUUGAACGAGACUGGCGGCCGUAUUGUCGGUGCGAAUCCAGGAGAGUGGGAGAUUGGAGUGGACAACAGGUCAUAUUUGGCAGUCAGAGGCUGUAACGAUGAUACGGGCGAGGAACAAAGGGAGUACAUCGUCAAUUUUUGGAAGUGUGUUGAGGGGAACUUGAAGUAUGAGUGA